CCACGCUGCCGCCUGAUAUUUACUCCCAGGGCCGAAUCUGCAUUUGCUCUCCCCUCUUCCUGCACGCCUCGAAAAUGACUCUCGCGGUCGAUCUUCUUAACCCUCUGGAGACCUCGGAGCGACGUUCCCACAAGCUCAAGCGACUUGUGCAGUCCCCCAACUCUUACUUCAUGGAUGUGAAGUGCCCUGGCUGCGUUGCUAUCACCACCGUGUUCAGCCAUGCCCAGACUGUCGUCCUCUGCGGCAGCUGCUCUUCCGUUCUCUGCCAGCCCACUGGCGGUAAGGCCCGCCUGACUGAGGGCUGCUCCUUCCGCAAGAAGUCCGGUUAAGAUUCUUGAUUGUCUUGCCAAUUAGUUGAUUAGUAUUGGUGAAGCGAUCUCGAUUCGUUUGGAGAAUAAAAUCAUUCAAGAACA